UGUGACUUUCAGAUCUUGAUCUCCUCUGCUGCUUCCAUGAUUGAGAGAAAGAUGUGAAUUCGAUACUUAUUGAGUUUAAUGUCGUCUGGGACAAGCCACCCUGAACAACAGUUGAACAACAGUUCUACCAGAGGGGUAUAUGUACGAGGCUAGCCUCCUGGCUUCUCGAAGAUUGGCCUCUUGCUAACAGCAUGUUAGAGGCGGGAUAGCCAUUUUCUACCACCAAAUCAUGCGCAUGCAUUUGGUUCCAUAAUGACGAUGUCGCUCUCAUCUUGGAGGUCCUAUCUCGAGCUCACGCGGCUGAACCAUCCUCUCGAUGCAAUCGUGCUUUACUCUCCAUGUACCACCAGCGUCGUCCAUGCGGCCGCUGUAUCCCACUGGCAGACCCUUCCUCUGCCCCUAGUACUUCGGUGCCUAAUCGGAUAGCUACCAAUCUCUGUGCUCCAGGCAAUCUCCAAACACCAUCAACGAUAUCCUUGACCAAGACCUGGACCGGAAGGUGUCUCGGUGCCGAAUCGGCCCCUGGCCCGGGGAGCUCUAUCUACAACCCAAGCCAGUAUCUUCGCUGCAGUCCAAGCGGUAGCGCUCGUUCUUCUCUCCGCCUGGGCUCUUCUCCGCGCAUUCCAGCUUAUCCUAUCGUGGCUGUCGUUUGCAGCUGUAUUUACCCGCUUGGGAAGCGUGUCACCAACUACUCGCAGGCCAUUCCCGGGGCCAUGUUUGCCGCGGGCUUCCUCUGGGGGUACGAGUCCACUGGGCUUCGUCUGGCGUCCCAGGCUCAUAUGGUGAAGAUUUCCGCGGGCAGCAUGAUGGGGGUCCUUUGCUUGUGGGUUGUGAUGCUCGAUGUGAUCUAUGCAUUUCAGGACGUCGCGGAUGAUCCCAGCGCAGGGAUUUGGAGCAUGAGCUUCCGAUUCCAGAAUUCGAGUCAGCGGCUCUUUAUGGUCUUGGGGAUAUUGUACACGACAUUCUUUUUUGGUGAGUGGGGUUGCUGCAAGUCUGGGCCGAUAUUCUGUUGUUGUUGCCGGGUGCGCGGCGGCAACGCUGUUCGUCAACCUGGGCUGGGUGGAUAUCACGUCCAGGGCGAGUUGCCGGUGGAGGGGGUUUCCGUUGACGGCGGAAAUUGUGUUUUUGGGACUGUUUGGGAUUGCGUGUCCGAGAGGUUCGCAGUUGGCACAGCUGCUGCGUCAACGUGUUUGGUGUCGCCGGUGUAGGAUACAUGCCUGCAACUGUAUUCUCGGUCCAAAGAAUACUAUAAAAGAUCUUUGCUAUACUAUAUACCUUUAUCGAGAUACAAUCUAAACCAUCGUAUACAAUCUGCACAUUUAUCAUGCCACGACAUUCAAGGCCUCUGCAACCUCCCCAACCCUCAACCCCUCACCCUCGUCGCCCUAAGAAACUCAUA